AUGUUUCCCAGAGGAUCUGGCUCACAGGAACCAUUUUCUUCCAGGAAUCAAUCAAAUCUGCCAGUCUCAGGCUCGAAAUCGAACAUUGGACUUUCGUCCCCAGUCCAAUCAGUGGAAACUUCUGACUUUUCACAAAGCGUUCUUCCUGGAUUAGGCUCUCACUGGCCCAUCCAGAACAUUCAGAGUUCUAUUUCUGUUGUGCAAGGUGAUUUACAAUCAACACAAGGAUUUGCACUGCCACUUCCCUCGCACCAUUCAACAAAUACCGGCACGAGUCGGCCUCCCAUUCUGCCAGGCUCGAACUAUCCACCUACAGAGUCAACAGCACAAUCUUCUAUCGGGGACAUAACUCAUAUUAAACACGAAAUUGGGUCGGAAGAUCCGCGCGGCCUUGGCAUCUCAUCAUACCCCAUGUCAGUAGCUUCAGACACUUAUUUUGCUGGCCCAAUGCAGCAUAAUUCUCACCAAUAUGGGUGGACAAACCGACCUUAUCAGCCUUUGCAACCACCAGGACAAAUGAGCCCGCCAUUUCCAUCUUCACAUCCGUCAUACCCUUCAUCGGGCUACCCAAUGGGUUAUCCUAGUCACUUAAAUGGGCCACUUCCUGGAUAUCAACACCAAGAACAUCAAUUACCGGCGUCUUAUCCCGCAGCAUCCGGCAAUCCUUCCCGUCAUAGUCAACCUCGAAGCCCACCCACCGCUCGUUCCUAUCACACCCAAUCUGCUUCGGGCACUCCCCAGUCAGAGCAGCAUCUCAUGACGUCUGCUCCUCCUUAUCUGAUAAACCAACCUUCAUAUUACUUCCCUGAAACAUCGGCCAUUCCACCGCACCCUACCCCCAUCACCUCUCAGCCACCAUCGAUGACCGCCCCAGAGCCGAUCUACUCUUCGCCUGAGUCAGCCGCCGCUACAGAUUCUGACCCAAUCCGAGUACUGAGCUUGCGCCCGCGACCGCAAUGCUGGGACCAUGGCUGCAAUGGUCGUGAGUUCUCAACAUUCAGCAAUCUCCUCCGCCACCAGCGAGAAAAGUCAGGAGUUGUGGCUAAGGCUGAAUGUCCAAUCUGCGGUGCGGUGUUUACGCGUACAACAGCACGCAACAUCCAUGUUGCGCAGGGCAAGUGUAAAAGCUCAGGCAGGGACUCAUCCGCUGAGUAG